AUGGAAAAAGAUCUCGAGCUUCUCAAGGCCGAUCAGUUGCCUACGAGGCAGCCAGACCAACUUCCACAUCGUCGUUCCAAGCGGACGAAUCACGCAAUCGUUGCCGUACUCUUCUUCUUCGUUGCUACCUUUUGGUUCACGACCAUCCGUCCAGCUUUUACAAUCGGACUCCAUGGCUGCAAGCAUAAGCUCACGACGGAACAAAGAGCUGCAAGGAUAUUGAAGAAGCAUCCGCUCAUUGACGGCCACAAUGACUUGAUGAUCUUCAUUCGAGGAAGGUACCAGAACCAUAUCUACGGCAACGAAUUUCAAGAGAAGUUUGAGCACGGAGGACUUGCGCAACACGUAGAUAUUCCGCGUCUGGAGAAGGGCUUGCAAGGCGGUGCAUUCUGGAGCGCUUUCUACGUCUGCCCUACUGGAAGUAACACGACAGACUUCGCUGAUGAGCGAUACUCGGGAAUCGUGAAAGCAACCAUUGAUCAGCUUGACCUAUACAAGCGUCUUGGAGACCGCUACCCAAAGUACUUUACACCGUCGUCGAACAGUCAUGAAGCAGUCCAGGCUUUCGAAGAUGGUCGCCUCAUCUCACCUGCAGCCAUUGAGGGUCUGCACCAGAUCGGCAACUCAGUAUCCAAUCUACGCCUGUACCAUCAACUGGGCGUCCGCUAUGCAACCCUUACCUGGAACUGUCACAACAAAUAUGCAGAUGCUGCUCUUGAGACGGAACACAACUCCGAUGCCCGCGUUGCCACUCCAUACUGGAAAGGUCUUAGCCCUGCUGGCCGGGACCUUGUCAAGGAGAUGAAUCGCCUCGGCAUGCUCGUCGAUCUCGCUCAUGUCAGCACAGACACCAUGAGAGAUGUGCUCGUUGGCAGAGGCGAUGGAGACUGGGAGGGCAGUCUUGCACCACCUAUUUUCAGCCACAGCUCAGCAUACGCCAUCUGCCCUCAUCCCCGCAAUGUACCAGACGACAUCCUUCAUCUGGUAAAGAAGCGCAACUCUGUGGUCAUGGUGAAAUUCAAUCCCGAUUUCAUCUCUUGCGUGCCAGGCAACUCGACUUCUGGUCUUCCUGAGACUGUCCCUGCAGAUGUCACACUGAAUCAGGUCGUUCGUCACAUCAGGCACAUCGGUGAACUCAUUGGUUACGAUCAUGUUGGUAUUGGCACAGACUACGAUGGCAUCGCAGCGACACCUGCUGGGCUUGAGGAUGUCUCCAAAUUUCCAGACCUAAUCGCUGAGCUUCUGCGUCAAGGUGUCAGCGACAAAGACGCUGCUAAUAUCGCAGGCGGCAACGUCUUACGAGUAUGGAAAGAGGCUGACGCAAUCGCAAAGAAGCUGCAGAAGCACAUGUUGCCUCUGGAGGAUGAUAUCCAGAACCCUUGGGUCUAA